AUGGCCCCCAAACACGGGCUCGCCAGCUUCAAGAGCGAAGAAGAGCAGCUGGCAAAGCGCGCAAAGAGCUCCGCGACGCCUGCUUCGCGCUCUGCUACCCCUGCGGAUCCAGGCGCCAAGGUCCCCUUCGAGGUUAAGUAUCCGGAUAUGGAUGACAGCAAGGACCGGCCUGACGAGGAGGAGGAAUUGGUUGCGCAUGCUGAGUGGCAGGUCAGCCCAUUCGAGGCGAAGGGUGCGUUGAUGGAGGGAGAGCUGGAUCAGCAUUUUACGGUUGUGCCACAUCAUGAGUGGGAGACGAUGAAGAAGUACAAUAACUUUAUCAUCCAAGGGGAAGUCUACAAGAACAACCAAUUUGUUUUUGUCCGGGGCGAGAAUACACCAAAGGAUAAGGAUACCGAAGGGCAACCGAAGGACUUUUGGGUUGCGCGGAUAUUGCAAGUGCGGGCAAAGAAUGCUCAGCAUGUGUAUGCUCUGAUUGCUUGGAUGUACUGGCCCGAAGAGCUUCCACCGCCUGGUACUAAGAGCAAAGAUAUGGAAAGUAAGGAAUCUGGAAAGAGAACAUACCACGGUGGACAUGAGUUGAUUGCUUCAAAUUACAUGGAGGUCUUGGACGUCCUUUCGUUUGCAGGAAAGGCAGACGUAUUUCAUUGGCUUGAGGAGGACGACAAUCUGAACCACAAGCUUUACUGGCGCCAAACCUUUAAUCGACAAACUCAGGCCCUAUCCAAAUUACGGGAGCACUGCAUCUGCGGAGGUUACUUUAACCCCGAAAAGACGAUGUUCAUCUGUGACAACACAGCGUGCAAAGUCUGGCUUCAUAGGGAGUGCCUAGUCGAAGAUAUCCUCUCAAAGACAUACAGUCGGUUGGUCGAAGGAGAUAACGGCUCACCAGAUACGAAGACAAACGGAAUCGCGCGAACGAACGGGAAGAAGGGCAAAGGAAAACCCCGGUUCAAGGGCAUGUUCGAAGCCCGAAUCAAGGACGAUGGAGACGAGGCGCCGAAAGCCAUUAUUAAAGAUCUUCGACCAAGCGCAGACCCAAAGACGUGGGAGGAGGCUAUCAAGUGCCCGAAAUGCUCGACCGAGCUUCAAUGA